AUGAAAAUAUUUGGAAAAGGUCAGUGGGAAUUCGCGUUACGUGUUUUAAUAUUUUUACUUUUGACUGGAGUUUUACUAUAUGCAACAAUCCACGAAUUAUUUAUAAUAUUUAAAAUACAACGUGGUGAAACUUUAAUUUCAAUGUCUAUAAAUGACUUAACUUCCACUGGGAUUCCUAUUUGGAAUAGUUUUAUAUGUUCCCAAAAUCUUACCAGAGUCACAAUGGGAACAAUUAAACGGGGAAUAAACGCAGGAAAUGAUAACCGAACAAUUGAUAAAACUACUCUACUUUCCGAUUCUUAUAUAAAUAAAACUAAUACUAAUGCAUUAACUUCGGGAGAAUGGACUUUGACCACAGGAGAUUGGCCAU